UUUCAUACUUUAUUUUCUUUGAUUAAAUGAACGAUUUGUUAGCUGCGGACUUGCGGACUAUAUAAAAUAUAUAAAUUAUGAUGUAUUUUCAUUCAUUAUACAACUUCAAACAUCGAUUAAAAAAUAAAAUAAAAACUCCAAUCUACUAAUUGUCAAUCUAGUAGAGAUGGCUCCUUGUUAGACAAAGGUGUCGUUUAUUAGCAUUAAAUUUUGGAUUUUCCAAAAUAGCCAAAUUUAUUUAAAGUACCACAAAAUAGUCAAACCUAGACAAGUAUAGCCACCUAAUAAUUUUUUUAUUUAAUGAUACAAUACACAUGAUAUGAUCCACAUGGCCAUCAUGUCAUCAAAGCAAAGGAAUUAUUUGUAUUGAUAUAGCCGACGUCGCGAACACGAGAAUCUCCUAGAGAUAGUGCAUGUUGGUCAUUUCAACAAAAAUAUUUGACGGAAAAGUUGACAUAAAUUCUAUGCCAAAUACAGCGGUAUAUCCACAACUAUCACGUUUGUAACAAAUAUAUCCACAACCAUCGAAAUACACGAAAUAUCAAAAAAUCGGAAGGUUGUAUGACAAAUCUGUCCACUUUCGUCUGAAACUAUAACGGUGUUAGUGACGCCGUUAAUUAUUGUGACGAAAUGCUGACUAGAAUCCAAAUCGCCGUCCACAUUAGCAACAAAUCAACAUAAUAUUAGAGUUAAAUGACACGUCAGAAAUUAAUUAAUAAAAAAUUAAAAAAAAAUUCGGCGAUCAACCCCAUAUUUCCGGCCACGCUAUCCCAACACCGAGCUUCGUUACCAAGCGGCCAAAUCCCAACGUCGAGUUUUGUUUCCUCCUCUAGCUUCCUCUCACGCUCCCGUCGCCGACAUCGAUCUUGGUCUUUUGCUUUCUCCCCCGCUGCUAUUCUUAUCCCAACGCGCCUCGCUCACUUAAUCCAUCUUUGCAUCGGGGUUUGGAUGCAGGGAGAAGGUGAACAAUGGGAAAAACAACAGCUACAGAUCCCGAUGACGAACAUAGGGAGAAGCGGAGAAUGAGGCAAAAUACAAAGCUGUCGGAAAGCUUCGACGACGAUGAGAGCGUGUCUCCAUCGGAGUCAUCUGCAGAGGAUACUCGAUCUCCUCCACAAACCGCUCUCGCAAUUGGGGCACGAAACUGGGUCGUCAUCUUACUGCGCUUGGCUCCACACUCGGACGAAUUUCAUCCCACCACCACCCCUUCCAAUUACCUAGCAAACUCUCACCUUCACCGGUUGUGCUGCUCACUGCCUCUGAUUUAAUCGACAGGUAAAACAUGAUCAAUGGGAGGAGCGGUCCAGUAGAGGCGUGAACUAUGCAGGGGAGAGGGGAAUCAGUGUCUUCUUCACCUAGGAAUCGAGAUCUGGGCUGGGAAAAAUCCGAUCUUCGACUGCUAGUGGAGAUGCGGAUGGCGGCAGCAGGAGAAGAUUAAGGGAUGCUGAUGAUUAGCGGAGCCGGGAGAAGGUCAUCCUCGUCGUUGUUCCCGGCGCCUUCACCCCACCCCCACGUGCAAACCAAAUUGAUUCUCAAUUGAAUCAUAGGAUUCAUUCUAGGGCGAAGGUUUGGUGGACUUUUAGAGGGAUGCCGGAACCCCGUCGUUGGGACUUGGGAUAAGAUCACGGACCGCCGGACGAGAUUGAAGAAACAUUCCACUCGAAGAAGGGGAUUUUGCGUUUGGCAAUAGAGAGAGAUCGAAGAUGGGGCUCUGAGGAAGAAAAUGAGAGAGGUGGGAAGACGAUGAGAUGACGAUGGGAAGAGGAAAAGAAGAUUUUUAUCUCUUUUUUUCCAUUAUCCACGUGUAAUGGUGGGGUCCGGAUACUAUAACAACACUUCACUAAAAGUGUUGUUAUAAUAACAACAGGAUUCAUUA